CCCCUGCCCCUGCUCCUGAACCUCUCCUGCCCCUACUUCUUCCGCGACCUCUGCUUCUUCCUCAAGUUGGCCCGGGUGUCGCGACGGACGCGCAGCUACGCGGCGCGGGACCCGGUGCACAGCAUCCUGGAGGUGUUUUUGCAGCGGGCGCGCCAGGCGCCGCGCAAGCCCUUUGUGCUGUUCGAAGAGGAGACGCACACGUACGAGCAGGUGGACAAGCGGAGCAGCCAGGUAGCCCGGGCGCUGCGCGAACAGGCCGGGCUACGGCCAGGGGACUGCCUCGCCCUCUUCAUGGGCACAGAGCCUGCCUACCUCUGGAUCUGGCUGGGCUUGGCCAAGCUGGGCUGCGCCAUGGCCUGCCUCAACAGCAACAUCAGGGCCCAGUCCUUGCUGCACUGCUUCCGCUGCAGCGGGGCCAAGGUGCUGGGGGCAGCCCCAGGAUUGAAAGCAGCUGUUGAAGAAAUAUUGUCAACCCUGAAAGAAGAAAACGUGCGAGUCUUCUACCUAAGCAGGACAUCUGAUACAGAAGGAGUUGACAGCUUCCUUGACAAAAUAGAAUCAGUUUCAGAUGAGCCAACUCCACCAUCUUGGAGAUCACAUGUCACUUCUAAAACACCUGCCAUGUAUAUUUAUACUUCUGGGACUACAGGUCUUCCAAAGGCUGCAGUGAUUAACCACCAUCGCAUUUUGUUAGCUUGUGGCAUAUUGUUUACAAGUGGCGUGACCUCGGAGGACAUUGUGUAUAAUGCCCUGCCACUGUAUCACAGUGCUGGCCUCAUGGUUGGAUUUCAUGGAUGCAUCAUGCAAGGUGCAACCUUUGCUCUACGCUCCAAAUUUUCAGCCAGCCAAUUUUGGGUUGACUGCAAGAAAUACAAUGUAACUGUCAUCCAGUAUAUUGGAGAGGUGCUUCGGUAUUUGUGCAAUACGCCAAAGAAAGACAGCGAUCGUGAUCACAGAGUAAGGAUGGCCUUAGGCAAUGGACUAAGGGCUGAUGUUUGGAGAGAAUUCAUCAGAAGAUUUGGAGACAUCCAUAUUUUUGAGUUCUAUGCUGCCACUGAGGGAAAUAUUGGCUUUAUUAACUAUACUAGGAAAGUCGGCGCAGUGGGGAGAGUAAACUACUUCCAUAAGAAAAUUAUACGCUAUGAGCUGAUUAAGUACGACGUAGAGAAAGAUGAACCAGUCCGAGAUGAAAAUGGAUAUUGCAUAAGAGUUCCCAAAGGUGAAGCUGGGCUGUUGAUCUGCAAAAUCACACCAUAUUCUCCUUUUAGCGGCUAUGCAGGAGCAAAGAGCCAGACAGAGAAGAAAAAACUAGCAGACGUCUUCCAGAAAGGGGAUUUGUAUUUUAAUAGUGGUGACCUCUUAAUGAUUGACCAGGACAAUUUCAUCUACUUUCAUGACAGGGUUGGAGACACAUUCCGAUGGAAAGGCGAAAACGUGGCUACUACAGAAGUUGCAGAUAUUUUAGGAUUGAUCGAAUUUGUCCAAGAAGUUAAUGUGUAUGGAGUGCCUGUGCCAGGUCACGAAGGCAGAAUAGGAAUGGCAGCUAUUCGACUAAAGGAGGGCUAUGAUUUUAAUGGGGAGAAGACAUACAAACAUGUUGUAGACUACCUACCAAAUUAUGCAAGACCUCGCUUUAUAAGGAUUCAGGAUGCUAUUGAGAUCACAGGAACUUUUAAAUACCGGAAAGUGCAAUUAGUGGAGGAGGGCUUCAACCCAGCUGUCAUCAAGGAGGGUCUGUAUUUCCUGGAUGACAAAGAAAAGAUGUAUGUGCUGAUGACACAGGACAUUUAUAAUGCUAUAUAUAACAAUAGCCUAAAACUAUGAGGCCAUCCAUAAAGAAAUCACAAUUCUGGAAUGUUCAUAUCAUUGAUUUGAUAAUCUGGAAAGCCAGUUGGGUGAGUUGAUAAAUGUAACCAAGUGCCUGUAUCUGAAAUUCUGUUUGACUGACAUGUUUUAAUAAUAGGAUCUACAUAAAAUGACUUUUCUUUCUC